UGGGAAGCAGGAUGCUGCUGCUGGUGGUGCUUCUGGUGUUGCUGGGACCUGCUGGCUGCCCCAAAACUGAGCCCCUGAGUGGGUUGGGCCAGGAGCCCCUCUUCCGUGGGGCAGAUCACUACAACUUUGCCAUCGUCAUCCCCGCUGGUGCUGCGGAGUGCUUCUGGCAGUUCGCACACCAGACCGGCAACUUCUUCUUCAGCUAUGAGGUCCAGCGAGCAACAGGGAUUGGCAACAGCAGGAACAUCCUGGUCACAGCAACUGACCCCAACGGUGUCCAGCUUGGUGUUUCCCAGCACGUGCGAGGACACAUCAACUUCCUCACCAAGGAGACAGGCUUCUACCAGCUGUGCCUGGACAACCAUGAAAACCACUUUGGCUUCGUGCAGGUGUAUCUCAACUUUGGUGUCUACUACGAAGGCUUCGAUGUGGAAAAGGAGCAGCCAAAAGAAAAGAAAGAGCUGAACAACACCCUGGAGGCAAUUGAGGGCAGCAUUCACAAGCUGCAGAGCCACAUCUUCCAUAUGUGGCGGUUCUACAACUCUGGCCGGAUGAGGAAAGGGGCUGACUCCAUCCUCCUGGAGUCCAACUACAACUAUGUCAACUGGUGGUCAAUGGCUCAGAGCUGUGUAAUUGUCCUCUCUGGCAUGCUCCAGCUCUGCUUCCUGAAGCGCCUCUUCAAUGGGCACACCUCCAGCAGGCAGAAGUGCUAGCAGUGCCCAGAACCGCUGCCCACAGCACUCUUUAACCAAACUGCUGCUUGGGACAGCUAGGUCCUGCUUCCAGGUGGAAGAAGAGUUCCCCUUGCUCCUGCCUCAUCUGAAAUCACCCAGAGAUGAAAAGCACAAUGCGACUGCCUGAGCUUUGCAUGCUGGGUCUGUUUGUUAUAUCCCGACAUCUUCUUACAGUGUCCAAAGUGCUUUUUGUAGUAGACACCAAA